AUGAAUUUAAAAAUACUUAAAAAUAUAAAAAGGUACGACAAUAUUUUCCAUAGAAAAAGAAAAUAUAUUGCUACGGAAUCUAUAAUAAAAAAUUCAUAUUUAACAAAAGAGUAUUAUGAUAAAAGCAAAAAAAAAAAAAUUGAUCUGUUUGAUUUUAUACCACCUGAAAAUUUUAUAUCUUCUUAUUUUCAAAAACUAGAUAAAUGUUAUUCAAAUCCUAGAUCAAUAUUAAGAUUAUACAAAGAUUAUAUUGAUAAAGAAGAUUAUCCAAAUUACAAUUGGCUAGUUAGAUGUUUUUGUCAGUUAGCAAAUGUGUUUGGUUUUAAUUCAUUUUGGAGUAUAAAAGAUAAGGAAGCAAUUCAUGAUUUGAAAUUAUUUAAAUAUUUAAUUUAUGAUUUAAUUGAGAAAAAAGAAUUAAUUAAACCAAGACAUUGUCCUCGAUUACUCUAUGCUAUGUGUUGCUUAGAUUACAGAUGCUAUUUUCUCAUCCCAACAAUUUUAGAAAUAAUUGAAAUAAAUUUAGAAAAAUAUAGAAUUCCUACAUUAUGUAUGAUAAGUUUCUGCUUAUCAUAUUUGGGUUUAACUAAUAAAAAUGUGCAAUUUGGUUCUGAAAAUAAUUUAUCAAGGAGUUAUAAUUUAAUUAUUAAAGUAUUAAAUAACAUAUAUGAAAGAAGAGAAGAAGCAAAAAGUGAUACAACAAAUUUUUGUUGGUCAUUGCUUUCAUACGUUAUAGUUAUUAAUAAUAUGUAUGAAUUUCCUUCAAAAGAUAAUAGCUUUUUACCAGAUAUUUUAACAAAUGCAUGUAAAUCUUUAACAAAAGAAAAUAUAUCAGAAAGUGGAUGGUUGCAAUAUUUUUUAUAUAUAACAUUAUAUUGUUGUGAUGUAGAAAAACCUAGUAAUGAAUUAGAAAUAAAGAAAAGUAUUCCAUUCUUUAUUCAAGAAUAUUUACAUUUAAAAUGGUUAGAUAAUAUUUUAAUAACUGCUCAAAAUCAAGGUUCAGAAAAAAUGCAAUUAGAAAUGGAAAAUAUUAUACAAAAAUUAAAAUUAAAAAAUUUUUUUAUUAAUUUAUCUGUUGGAAGAAAAAUAGAUGAACAACACUGUUUUUUUACUUCUCAUUUUUAUAAACCAUUUAAUUUAUGUAUAGAAUAUGAUUAUUUUCAUCCAAUAGGUUUUAAUAGGCCAUUAGUUAGUGGUAUAAUAUCAUUAAAAAAUAGAAUAUUUAAAAAAUUAAAUUUUAAUGUUGUUAAUAUUCAUAAAUGUUUUUGGGAUCUUUUAUCGGAUGAAGAAAAAGAAUCACAAUUAAUUAAAAUAAUUGAAGCUUUUCAAACAAAACAAAAUACAGAAACUCUUAAGGAAAAAGAAUAUUAUGGUGAAAAGAAAUUUGAUUCUAAUAUGCUUCAUUUAAAACAUAAGAGAAUCAAAUUUCACAGUUGGCCACCAGAAAAUAUAACAGUUUAA